AUGACGAGGGUCAAGGUAAAGACAUACCAAGGGUUGUCUCUCUUCUUGAGGACAUAUUCGACACCAGUUACAUCGCGUGCUGCUCUGUCAACAACAAAAGCAAAGAAACCGGAUUUGUUUCUUAACCCACACGCUUGGAAAGGAUUACCGGCAGAUCAAAUUUUUCAAUUACAUCAAAUGAGAAAGGCUUAUAUGGGGGACGCAUAUAAUCCCACGAAUGAGGAAAGGACUGCUAUUUUGUCCACUAUCAGCUCGUUGUCCUCCAACAAACCUGCUUUGGACUAUAGUUUUGAGAUUGAGAAUUUCAAAGAGAGAGUUAUGAACAAUACUCCAAUGAAAGAACGAGGUAAACCACAAAAAUUAUCCAACCAAUUUGUUAUCAACACGGGUGCCGCACCACACCGUGAGAGACGUAUUGAGAAUUUAACGAGGAUUUUGGCUUAUGAGACACCAUUGCUUGCAAAGUAUCGUCAGCCGUAUCAGCCCAAAUCGAGGAAAGAAGCACCUAUCAAAUUAACGUUUCAUUCAGAUUUCACAGAGGAGACAUCUAACAAGAAUAACAGAGUUGUAAAGCUAUCUGUUGAGUUGAAAGAUUUGGGGUUGAAUCAAGAGCAAGAACACAAGUUCAAGAUUCUAGCCGGCGGAAGGUUUCGUUAUGAUACAAACUCUUUCCAUUUAAAAUGCGAGAGGUAUCCUGAAGCAGCGCAGAAUGCAAAUUGGCUAACUACUACAUUUAACAGACUUUUGAGUGAGGCGAAGGAUCUUUCAAAGGAAACGUUUAGCGACAUCCCCUUGGAUAAGCGUCAUAUGAAAAUAUGGAGCAGUAAAAUGGACAAACCAGUUUUCCCCGAGAGCUGGAAAAGAGUCGAGGAUGCACCUGAAAAGAGACACAAUAUUGUCAACAGACUUGUUGAAUUGAAAGCAAAAGUUGUUGAUAUUAAAGAACUUCAAAAUUUAGCCCCUUAG